AUGCCUCCCAAGACCGGAAAGAAGACUGCCCCCCUCCCUUACCCCCAGGGCAAGGCUGGUUCUGGCAAGAAGGGCCCCAAGAACCCUCUCAUCGAGAGACGCCCCCGUAACUACGGUAUUGGCCAGGACAUCCAGCCCAAGCGCAACCUCGGCCGCUUCGUUAAGUGGCCCGAGUAUGUCCGCCUCCAGCGCCAGAAGAAGAUCCUGAACCUCCGCCUCAAGGUUCCUCCUUCCAUCGCUCAGUUCCAGAGCACCCUGGACCGCAACACCGCUGCCCAGGCCUUCAAGUUCCUCAACAAGUACCGCCCCGAGACCAAGGUUGAGAAGAAGGAGCGUCUUCACGCCGAGGCUACCGCUGUUGCCGACGGCAAGAAGAAGGAGGAUGUCAGCAAGAAGCCUUACAACGUCAAGUACGGUCUCAACCACGUUGUUGGCCUCGUUGAGAACAAGAAGGCCUCUCUUGUCCUGAUUGCCCACGACGUCGACCCCAUUGAGUUGGUUGUCUUCCUUCCCGCUCUCUGCCGCAAGAUGGGUGUCCCAUACGCCAUCGUCAAGGGCAAGGCCCGUCUCGGUACCGUUGUCCACAAGAAGACCUCUGCUGUCCUCGCUGUCACUGAGGUCCGCUCUGAGGACAAGUCUGAGUUCACCAAGCUCCUCAGCGCCAUCAAGGAGGGCUACACCGACAAGUACGAGGAGUCCCGCCGCCACUGGGGUGGUGGUAUCAUGGGCGCCAAGGCUGUCGACCGCCAGGAGAAGAAGCGCAAGAUCGCUGAGGCCGCUAUCCGUGUCUAA